UCGAUUGAUUAAUAACAAGCCAGCAUUUCCUUUGCGCUUCAGUUUUUCGCUUUUGCUGAUUUUUCCUUCACAGUCAGAUAAUUAUUCUACUGCACCCGUGCAUCGUCAAGCCAUUUUCCUUUUCAAAGACACAUUAUCCAGCGGCAAGUUUCAAGGAAAGAGUUCUUCCAAUCACAUUUCCAUCAUCCACCAUGUCGACCAGCCCAACGCCAUCUACUUCUAUCGUUUUCUACGACAUUGCCAUGCGUCCUCCCGUGGAGACCAGCUGCCUCGCACCCAACCCCUGGAAAUCCCGACUGGCACUCAACUUCAAAGCUGUCCCCUACACCACCUCCUGGGUGCCUAUGCCCGACAUUCCCAACGUCCGUAAGAGCCUCAACGUGCCAGCCUGUCGCAAAUUCGCCAAUGGCGCCGAUUACUAUACCCUGCCGAUCAUCCAUGAUCGCGCCACUAAUACUUUGGUCGGGGACUCCUUCGACAUCGCGGUCUACCUGCAGAAGACGUAUCCCAACGCGGGCGCCGGGGAUCUGUUCCCCCCGCAGACGCUGGACUACGCCUACUCGCCGGCUCAUGCACCUCUGGUCCCGUUAACCGAGUGUCGCGACGGAUUCCCGGAAUACGCUAAAUUCAAUGUGAACGUGGACGCGGCCUUCACCGCGCACAUCCAAUUGGCGAUGCAUGGUAUGAGUGAACUAUUCGAUCCAGCGACGGCUGAGAUCAGUAAGGCGGAAUUCGUCCGCCGUGCGGGUUUGUCGAAGUUUGAGGAUUUUGCCUUGGUGGGGGAGAAGCGCGAAAAGACGAAGGAGUCGCUGAAGAAUAUGUUGGGUGGUCUGGGCAAGCUGUUCGAGAAGGACACUAGUGGGCCGUUUCUACUCGGGACCAAGGCUAACUACGCGGAUUUGAUCGUCGGUGGGUGGCUGCGGACAUUUUCUGUAACGCUGCCGAAGAGUGAAUGGGAGGAGCUGCGAAGUUGGAAUGGAGGUGUUUUUGGACGACUGCAUGAUGCACUGGAGGUGUAUGCGCAGGUGAAAUAGGAAGUUGCGGCUGGGUUGCAAGAUACUGAACAACGAACUGUUCGUGCUCGCUCAAAUGGUUCCUACAUAAAUAUUGUCUGUUAAACCGAUUGGUGGCGGGACAAAAUUAAUAUAAGGCUAAAAAUAUUAUGUAAUGUUUCUGACUGUUUUGUAUGUUCCUUAUCGUUCAUGUUUCCGUACGUACAUCCCGAUCAGAUUUGUGAUUGCUAUGGUUGUCUGGUCAGCCUCAGACUGGCCCUCAGUAAACGUGACUAGAGAACUUUAUCGAAUUAUGGGUGAAAUAAGAUCGCUAAAUGGAGGUAAUCGUCGCUCCGUACUUGCAAAAACGACUGUCUUUAUUUUGUGGUCUACACGUAGCCAUUUCGAAGACUUUCUAUUGCUUGCAUCAUCAGUUGUAUAACUUGAAUGUAAUUCGGAAAUCGUACAGUAAUAUGUGCUAUCAUAAAUUUAUGAACUGCAGCUCUCUCCGAGAUAAAAAUUUAGAUUAUGAUAAGAG